AUCACAAAACCACCUAUUAUCUUUAGUGCUUGGUUCCUCGUACUCUGCUAUCCAAAAUGGCAUCAGUCCCUUCUGACGGUGUAAGUUCUGAUACUGCACCUCUUUCACAAACCCCACAGCCUCCGAACUUAACCGUUGGUACAGAGUACUACCUAACUGAAGGGCUCGAAGGAGUCGAGCGCCGGCGAUACUCAGGUCCCAGAUCAUUCACCAAGGCAAUCAUGGAGCAAACCAACGAUGCACUUUCGGGUGGAGCUGGCCAGUACGCAAUUUUUUAUCCCGUUACACAAGCUCAACUUACCCAGAUCGAUCAGAUCCGCAGUACACAGUUUAAGGGACUCCGGAUGAUGUACCUCAACUACGAACAAGCCUUGAUUGUUAAAAUCAUGCUUGGAUCCACUCACGAAGUUGCCAAUAGGGCGUUUGCGGGCACGGUUAGUGACAAGACAUUCCAGAUGGGUCUGGGGUACAAUUUUGUAGACAUGGGAGCAACGACCAUACUCGCACCAGGUGGGCGAAAGGAAGGAGAUUCUACCUUCAAACCGCUUGAAUUCCGCCAUCAGAAACACUCUUGGCCCACUCUUGUCGUUGAGUGUGGAGUUUCCCAGUCCCUCGCACGCCUUGUGGUUGAUUCCCGGUGGUGGUUGGAGAAUUCCGGGGGAGCGGUGAACAUCGUUAUACUCAUUUCUGUAGAUGAGACGGCACACAGCAUCCAUUUGGAAAAAUGGGAAACGGGGAGCGUGCUGAACGAGCGGGUUACGAAUACCCCUACCCCUGAUGCCCCUAUCGCCACACCGAUAAAAACACAGGAGGUUGACAUCGCGGGUGGUGUUGUUACCGGUGGUCCUCUGCACCUAGAAUUUAAGAAACUCAUGCUCCGCGAACCCCGUUCUGGAGAGGGCGAUAUGGUAUUCGAAGUGGAAGAGCUCGGGAGGUAUGCUGCGUAUGUCUGGAAUGUUACGCAAUAAGGCUUGCUCCGGAACCCUACAUUGUAAGUUUGAUCCCCAAAUUCUCCCUUGAAAUUUGAUCAACCCCUAAUUAAAUUCAGACCUAGGGUUUGAAAUUGAGUGGAGUCUAUUUCUAGGGACAUAGGAGUGAGAAUUGAACUUCGGGGUCAAAAUUCUUGAGUUCCUGAUGUAGUGGGGGAGAAGUAUCGGGGAGGUUUACCUUCGCUUUUUUCCCCUCCCAUGUUCUAUUGGCCCCAUUACUGUUGGGGUUUGUCUCCUGAACCUGUUUAUUAUUCUGAUAAUCCAUACGUUUAUAAGUGCACUCAAUUUUGAAGUAAUGUUGAGCUUACUUUCACCACCGAUGAUUUCAUGGAGG